AUGCGAUCACAAUGGCUCACUCUGGGGCUCGGUUUUCUCAUCCUUGGUUCCGUCUGGCUCACGUCAACACAGAUUAGAACGCUCGGCGCAGGCUGUGCUGGUGAUCGCGGUCCUGCUCAAGCUCCUGUCGAGGAGUUGUCGGAUGUGUCGCGCUCCAGGACUGUGCAUCUUUGCAUUUGCAGCGAUGAUCCAGACUUUCGCCCCGCUGUGGUGGCCAUUCGGUCGGCAGUGUCAUCAUCGCCGCAGUCGCAUCGGUUUGUGUUUCACUUUGUCACAACGCAAGAGCUGUCAACUCGCUUCCUCAACGUGGCGAAGCUGCAGCUUCCCGGCAUACGCGUAGAGGUACAUGCUGAUGAGGAGCUGCAGCUGGCUAUCCAAAGCCGCAUCUUGUUUCGGAAGGGAGCAGGUCGGAAGGUCUUGGCAAGUCCAUUCAACUUUGCACCGUUCUACUUGCCGCACUUUUUGUUGGCUUCAAGCCAGACCUUCCACGCACAAACGGAGAGGCUGAUAUACUUCGAUGCAGACAUUGUUAUUCUCGGUGAUCUCGCCCAGCUCUUUGACAUGGACAUGCAGGGAAAAGUCUGUGCUGCCGUGCCUUACUGCCAUCAACGGCUCAAAACAUACAUCAACUUUGACGUCCUCCACAGCCUCGGCCAUGAAGGGAUCGACCCGGAUUCCUGCAUCGCAAACCGAGGGCUUCUUCUCAUUGACGUUCCAGUUUGGAGUGCCAUGAAGAUCACAGAGUCAAUAGAAAACUGGUUGGAUGUGUAUCGCGCUUCCGACGUGGACCUUUGGGUCGGUGGCAUGUCCCAGCCACCAUGGCUGCUUGCCAUGAACGGAAACUAUACGCGCCUGUCGGAUGAUUGGAACUGCAACAGCUUGGGGCGACAUUCCAUGAUCCCGGCGGAGGCGGCUGUCCUCCGAAAUCUCGGGUUUGAAGACACUCACCUACAGGAGCUGCAUGUGGAGCCUGUUGCCAACGGUUUGAACCCAUAUGUUGUGCUUUGCAGCAGCACCGGAAGAAUAUUGCAUUAUAAUGGUGCCAUGAAGCCGUGGCUACUUGACAGCGACACAAUUUCAGUUCCAGUGUGUACGCUUCCAGAGUCGCUGAUGCAGUACAACUUUCAGUGGGUGAAGGAGUUGCAAAUUCGAGAGGCCACUUACAAGUUUGUCACUUGUUCCGAGAUUUGGGCGCUGUUCAUGUCAGAUGACAUGCUUUACAGCGAGCCCAGAAACGGAACAGAGACUUCAGAAGAAAAGGCGAAGCGAGAGGAUGCCAAGGAGUGGGCCAACAGGCUCAAGUUUGUAAAGGAAAAGAAAAAGAAGGAACGAGAGAUUGCGCAGGAGCAGCAGCAGAAGGCGAAGGAAAAGAAGCUUGCUGGCGAUUUCGUCACGGGCCAGACAGUCGUGGCUACCCACGAUAUCUCCGUACGUGGCAAGAUCGCUGUGAAGAAGGGUUGGGAGGGUGUGGUGCAGGGACCUUCGCUGAAUCAUCCUCAAGAACGGCUUAACGUCCUUUUCAAGGAGAGGCGUGACAAGAAGACCUUGUCCAUCAAUGUGCUUCCCUUCGAGGUGCGGCAUCCCAAAGACGCGGAUGAUUGA